AUGACUCCAUUACAAUUUCAAAACAAUAGCAAUCCAAACGAAGAAAAUAUGGAGGGAAAAGGAGAUAGUGAUGAAAUCAAUUUAGAUGAUGAUGAGCCUCUUUUUACUAGUCUCCAUGAAAGUAGUUCAAGUAAAAGCCAGAGGUCUAAGUCUGUUUUCAACAACCGUCCAACCAAGAGUAAAAGUUCAAUUUAUGAAGAAAAAGUUGAUGCUUUAUUGGAUGCCAUAUCAUCAAAAAGCAUACAAACUUAUCCACAAAAUAAUCCGUCCCUAACAAUAGCAGAUUGCAUGGCCAUUGUCAUCAAGUUCCCUGAUUUUCGUGAAGGGUCCAACGAAUUUUCAGAAGCAUUGCUUAUCUUCACCAAAAAGCAAAAUUGUGAAGCUUUUAUGUUUCCAACGACCGACAUAACCAAGAUGGAGUUUCUUAAGUUACUUAUGAAAUAA